UUCCGGAUAAAUUGUGUUUGUAAUAAGAAGAAAAUCAAUUUUAUUAUAAUUUCGGUGGUUUUCAAUUCCCCUCAUCUUAACAUCAAUCUUUAAAAGUAAUUUGAAUUGGAUAUUGUUGUUCACAGUCUGCUUUCAAUUUAGCCGUUAUCAUUGUCGACUUCUUUUAACAAUUCAAUAGAACUGAUAAAUAUAUUUUAACAUUUUAACACAACACUUUCGGCUAAAAAGAUAAUACGAAAACGCCUCCAUUGACUACACACACGAUGAUGCCCCACACAGAAACAAUGGGAAGCAGCUUCGAUGUUCAGAUAAGACCUUCAACUGUCAACCAAGCUACAACAUCUUUCAGACAUUCCUCAGUACGCUCAUCAACAAUAACUGCUGCUUCAGUCUUAGUCCCUGGUGGAACAGUCUUAGAUGUCGACAAUGAAAGACCUGUAUACAUAUGGUACAUUGUAGGAGCAACCGUAGUCUGCAUUUUAGGCAUUUUACUUGUUGUUGCUACAGUCAUCAUUGUACGACGUAGAAGAAGAUUUGCCACAGAACACACACCAGAUCGUGAUGAUGAUACUUCUGAACAAGUUCCAGAAUAUACUGAACUAGAUAUUACACAGGCAAAUGCUAAUCCAUACUCGGCACUAAGUAAGAUCUCAAACAGAUAUGCCAGGGACAAAAUUGAUUCAAUGAAUAGUGAUGCAACUUACUUAACGCCAUGUGCCUCUACAAAUCCGGAUGUUUCUCACGAAUAUAUUAAUAUUGAUGCUUAAGAUACUCGUGUGAAGAUUGAAGUGCAAAUAUCUAUUGAAGAUAUAUAAUCCGUAGCACAUUUUUCACGUUGAUCUUAUUUUUGUAAAUAUUUUAAAUGUUCAUUGAUAAAAGGAUAAUUGUUUUUGGAUGGUAAAUGUGCAUCAAUAUGAACUGAUCAAAAUAUACAUAUUGAAAAAAAAAACACAAACUUCU